UGGGGCAGCAGAGGUGAUGCUCCUAAACACUCCCCUUAGCUGUCCGCCAAUGCGCCUGUGCAGAAUUAUAUUUUCGCUGACGUGUUGCAGCUGCCCGAUUUGGUCCAUCGCUCCGUUUUUGACGCCGAAACAAACGGAUCUCAGAACCUGACCUGCGAAGAUGAGCCUGGAAGUGGAGAGAAAGUUUAUAUGCGACGCUGACACUCUGAAGACUCUGGAGGAGAUCGGGGCCGUCUGUGUUGGUCAGCAACAGUUUCAAGACCAGUAUUUUGACAACCCCCAGUUUGAUUUGACAUUGAGAGACAUGUGGCUGCGUAAACGUAAAGGAUGCUGGGAGCUCAAGUGUCCAGCAGAGGAGACAAGUGGAGAGCAAAGUAGAGCGGCAGUACUGUGCACUCGCUACAAGGAGAUAACCACCCUGCAUGAAAUUCAGCUGAGAGUGGCAGAGGUCAUCCCAGACGUUUGUGAGGACAGAGACGCAGAGAAGGCCCUCUCACACCAGGACGACUCUUGGCUGAGCAGAAGGAAUCUGGCAUGCUUUGCCGAGUUUACGACGACGAGGCAGUCAUUCACGUUAGAGGAGGGGGGCGUGCAGAUAGAUCUGGACCAGGCAGACUUUGGCUACCAUGUGGGGGAGCUAGAGGUGGUCGUACCUGAGGGUGGAGAUGUGCAGGCCGCUCUGGAGAAGAUUGAAAGAACUGCUCAAAAGCUGGGUCUGACCGGAGAUCGGCGAGUUGAGGGAAAAAUGAGCGUUUUCCUCAAAACAUAUCACCCAGAGCACUAUGCGAAAUUGCUAAAUGUGCACAUUUUAUGAGAGACCACUGAUUGUUUUCACUUGUGUAUAAAGUGAGAUAUUAUUUAUUAGAAAACAUGAAAUAAAAUGUGAGAGUAACAUUAGGGAUGCUCAAAGUUUACGUGCGUCUCCAAGACAUUUCCUGUACAUUCAAGUUUGGUAAAGCAACAGACCCUUUCCUCUCAACCUGAACACUAUCGUCCAAUGUACUGUAAACAACAGUUGUGGGAGAGUGACUGUAAAUACUGAGAGUAAACAGGGUGACAUACUCUCCAUUUACCAUCAAUGAUGAAUGUUUUGUACUGCGAUGUUAUGAUUAGACAGACAGCUCCAAAUAAAGAGCUGGUGACUGUAUUUAUUCUCAAACCACAA